GGUAAAUUCAGUCUCUAUAUCCCAUCUUAUAAAUAUCGGCCUUCACCAACAACCCUAGGUAUCGCUAUUUUCAACCCCACAGUGAUUUUGAAAUUUUACAAUAAAUUAAAAAUAAAUUCAAAUAUCACCGCAUCUGUUUCAGGUAAAAAUCAAUCGAUUUUUUUUUUUUUUUUUGGGUUCAAAAGAAACACUGUUCUUCUCUUCUGAGUCCACCAUUUGUUUCAAUUUCAUAAUACUCUUCAAAUUUUUCGGAGUUCUCAGAGAUAAUUUCUAUGGCGAGAGGCAAAUCCAAGGCGGAAUCCGGUGGCGCAGACCAUAACGUUGCGGCGAAGAGGAGGAAACCGAGGAAGGAGAAGAAGGCGAAGGAUCCUAAUAAGCCUAAGAGACCUGCUAGUGCCUUCCUUGUUUUCAUGGAAGAGUUCCGCAAGCAAUUCAAAGAAGAAAAUCCAGAAAAUAAAUCAGUUGCUGUUGUUGGUAAAGCGGGUGGAGAUAAAUGGAAGUCCCUGACUGAUGAGGAAAAAGCUCCUUAUCUGGCCAAGACAGCAAAGCGAAAGCAGGAAUAUGAGCGCCAAAUGCAAGCCUAUAAUAAGAGAUUGGUACAGUAUAUUUUCACUGUCUUCUGUGAACUGCUUUCUUUUUUGACAUUGCUUGUUACUUCCAUUUUGAUGUGGUUUUCUGUGCUGUGAUUUAUCUGUUACAAGUUUAACUCAUUAUUAAGAGUAGGUUCCAAAACUUAAGUCACUAAAUAUUUUAACCCUGGUUAUAUAAUUUGGUGAUGUAGAGUUCAAUAUUCUUGCUGAUUUCAGUUGUGGAGUUUUAUAUUUGACUUCAUUAAUGGUUUGAAUACACUGUUUUGUGCUGUUUUUGUAGGUUUGUGAAGCUAAUGAAUCCACAUUAGUUAUCCUUUAGCAGUUGGUCUAUAGUUGACUAAUCAUCAUUUAUUUGCUGGGCUUUUAUUUUGAUCUUUACAUGGUCACUAUAGAACAUAAUGGUAGUACUCCGAUUUUAUUUACUGAAUCAGUAAUAUGAAAAAGGAAUAAUCCAGACUGGUUAAUUUAAUACAACUAGGGAGUACUGCUGAUAUUUGGUAGUUAGUGUCAAAUCUGACUAAAUUAAUGUUUUCAAUGUUGUCCUGUAUUGUAAAACCUUAGGAGGGUGGUCAUGAUGACGAAUCUGACAAGUCCAAGUCUGAGGUUAAUGAUGAGGAAGAUGGCAGUGGAGAGGUUUGUUCUGUUUGAGCCCUCAGAUAAUUUGCAAUCUUUUAAAAGCUCAUUCCAUUAUGUGUGAAUUGAUUGUCGUUGGUUUCUGAAUAUUUGUAGGAGGAAGAAGGGUAAUGGUGAGCAUUUGAAGCAAAAGCUCUUAUAGCAUGAUGUAAAAAUCCAGAUGAUGCCAUAACCUCACUUGCCAUUGUUAGAUCAUUUUGGAUUCCAUUUCUUCUGGCAGUGGAAUAAUAGAUAGACUGGUAGUUUUGCAGGAUCGGAUAUUCUUCCUGAUUGUAGUUUCUUUUCAGACAGCGUAGUAAUUAACUAAUGCUUUCUCUUCUUCGUAGUUUCUGGGUGGAAUUAUCUCCUAGUAUUUUGAAUGUUUUCUGCUGCAGCAUCCUUCUAAUUGACUUUUAUCGUGUCUUGUUGGAUUGGAAUGGAAAUACCUUGAGAUUGAAACAAGAAAAAUGCACCUCGAAAGAAAAUUCAGAGGGACAAUAAACUAAAUGUGUUUUUCAUAUUUUCCAUUUGGGUGAUCCUUUCUUAGGGUGAAAGUUCUUGAAUUUUCAGGCGUAAGCUACUCAGUGUGAAAUUGUGAAUGAAAAUUCAACUCGAACAUGUGACUCUAAGGUGGAAAAUUGUCUGGCUUUU